AUGUCGACUUACAACGGCCGACACGGUCCCAACGUGUCGCAGUACCUCCGCGACCUCAACACCAUCAGCCCUACGGAUACCACCGCCGUUGAGGAGCCGUUCAACAUGGAGGAGGAUUUGGCUCUCUUCACAAACACUCAGUUCUUCGACUUCGACUCUGGCCAGAACACCGACUUCCAGGCUCAAGCUCAACCUGUCAAGACUGAGGGCAAGGCACCCCACAGUGGCACCACAUCUGAGGAUGUCAGCGCAGCACCAUCUGUGAUCGGUGAAAUGCCCAACUUGGAUUUCAUGUCCGAGUUUACCUUUGACUAUAACAAUAACUCAUAUGCGGCGCCCCACAUGAACAACUUCCCGGAACAGAGCUUCCAGCCCCUGCAGCCAAACCACGGCCACGUACCGGUUCCUCCUCACCAUGCGCGGUUCCAUCAGGCACCCCCGCAGGUUGGUGACAAGCGCAAGUCCGAGUCCCUGAACCAGGAGGAGGCCGCUAGAAUGGCUGCCGAGGAGGACAAGCGGAGACGGAACACUGCCGCCAGUGCUCGAUUCCGUAUCAAGAAGAAGCAACGCGAACAGGCCCUCGAGAAGUCUGCCAAGGAGAUGUCUGACAAGGUCUCCAACCUGGAGAGCAAGGUGUCUCAGCUUGAGACCGAGAACAAGUGGCUAAAGAACCUUCUUGUCGAGAAGAACGAGGGCAGUGAGGACAUUGUCGCCUUGUGGAAGGAGUUCACCAAGCACGCCAGUCAGAAGGCCAAGACAACACCUGCUGAGUCAAGUAGCGGCGAAAAGCUCAAAGAAGAGCGAUGA